AUGGCAACCACCACGGUGGCUACCGCCGCCGGCGCUGUCGUUCUCUUGUACUAUGUUUUGAAUCGGAGGUUAUCAUCGAGGGAGGGUCUAGUGCCUGUUGACGAGGCCGGCGAUAAUUACUCCAAAACAUCUGCUAGUAAGCGGCGGAUGUCCUCUCGGAGGAGGCCAGUAGCGCAAGCUCCGGCCACUUGGUUUGAGACGAUUAUGACUUUAGCGGACACCCUUAGGUUUACAUACUCCGAGACUUUGGGGAAAUGGCCUAUUGGCGACUUAGCUUUUGGAAUUAACUAUUUAAUUCGAAGGCAGGGAAACCUUCAAGUUGCAAGUGUAUAUGCUGGAGAAAAUUCUGUACAGUUGAAGGGCAUCGAAAUAAUCACCCAAUUGUAUCAUUAUUUGAAGUUGCUGACUCUUUGCAUGCUUUUUUCUAAGAAACCAUUUCCAGUUUUUUUGGAUACUGCUGGAUUUUCACAAGCAGAUGUUCUUCUUCAGAAGCCUAAAGCAGGGCUUUUGAAGCCUGCCUUUACAAUAUUACAUGAUAAAGAUUCAAAAUGCUUCCUUCUUCUAAUCCGAGGAACUCAUAGUAUCAAAGACACAUUGACCGCGGCUACAAGUGCAGUGGUCCCCUUUCACCAUUCCAUCAUGAAUGAUGGGGGGAUAUCCAAUUUAGUUCUGGGAUAUGCACAUUGUGGAAUGGUUGCCGCUGCAAGAUGGAUUGCGAAGCUCUGCACUCCCAUAUUGCUCAAGGCUCUACAUGAAAAUCCUGAUCAUGAAGUCAAGAUUGUUGGUCACUCACUUGGUGGCGGAACUGCAGCUCUUCUUACAUAUAUCCUUCGAGAACAGAAAGAGUUGUCCUCAAUCACAUGCAUUGCUUUUGCACCAGCUGCCUGCAUGACAUGGGAGUUGGCGGAAUCUGGGAAGCAUUUCAUCACGACAAUAAUCAAUGGAUCUGAUCUCGUACCCACAUUUUCGACUGCUUCUGUUGAUGACCUUCGUUCAGAGGUAACUGCUUCAUCUUGGUUAAAUGAUCUUCGUGAUCAAGUUGAGCACAACCGAGUUUUAAACGUGAUUUAUCGCUCGGCCACUGCUCUUGGGUCUCGCCUACCAUCUGUGUCUAAUGCAAAAGCUAGAGUCGCGGUUGCAAGUGCUCUUCUGCGGCCCGUUUCAAGCAGCACUAGUGUCGUUAUGAAGCGUGCUCAAGAUGUAGCUCAAGCAGUUGUAAGGACCCGAACUUCUUUUUCAUCAUGGACAUGUAUGGGUCCUCGUCGCCGUGUAGUGAAUAGUCCAUCAGAAUGUAAAGCAGACGAUUCACCCGAGACUAUUUCUAUUAUUACCGAAAGAACAUCUGUAUCUAGUGUUAGUGAAGCUAUAACCAGAGACUCGAAGGUCUGCUCUUCUACUGUUUCACUGCAUGAAGAGACAGAUGAAGAAGAAGUUUUGACACGAGAGGACCACCACAGAGUCAUGGCGGCUUCCACCCUGGAAGAUAUUACCGAAGGUGAGUUGUGGUACGAACUGGAGAAGGAGCUCCAGAGACGGGAUGACCAUGAUUCUGAUGUGCAAGCCCAGGAAGAAGAAGAAGAAGAAGCUGCAGCAGCCGCAGAAGAGAUUUCCGAAGAGCAGAAGGUGUUGGUUGACGCUGUAGAAAGCCAUACACCAAUAUCAACUUCAGAUGUUUCAGAGAAUCUUCAGUUUUACCCUCCAGGCAGAAUAAUGCACAUUAUUUCUGUGCCGGCUCCUUCGUCAUCUGAGACAAAUGAUGAUUUGGGCCAGGAUGAUCGGACAGCAGAGCGGGUUUGCAUUUACGAAACACCAAGAGAUUUAUACAGCAAGCUAAGGUUGUCGAAAACUAUGAUAAAUGACCACUACAUGCCCAUGUAUAAGAAGAUGAUGGAACUAUUGAUCAAGGAAUUAGAGAAUGAAGAAGAAAUUUAG